AUGAAUGAUAGACUUGGGACAAAAUCCAGACGACAUCGAGAGAACAAUAGGAAACGUCCCCCCUCUUCCCUCGCAACACCUUCCAAUCCCUCUCUCAAUCCCUCUCUCUUAACGAAUACCUAAAAACAAAAAAGUUGCAGUUGAAGGCGGUGGAUGGCAAAAACCAAUAAGUACACCACCAUCAACUUCAACCACAUCUACGAUAAAAGCCGCUUCGCCAAUCCUAGCCCCAGCAGCAACAACACCAGCAAACCAACCAAAAACCCUUCUUCUUCUUUCCACUCUUACACCUCAAUCUCUUCCCCCAAAGCUCAUGGCCGUAUGUUGGUCCUGACUCGACCAACCCCCAAACCCAUCACCACACCACCGCCUAAGCCUCUGUCUUCACAACUCCAACAAUCCCAAUCAUUUCCAGAUCAGGCCAGAUCCCAACCCUACUCGGACCACAUUUCUCUUCGUCCUUUGGGUCGUACUGGCACUGGUUCUCCCAUUUUUUCAACCGUUCCUAGGUUGGAAAAGGAGAAAGAUGUGGCGAUUCCGGUGACGUCGUCGAAACCAAACAAGUUUGUUCCACCGCAUCUCAGGCCCGGGUUUGAAGGGAGGGAGGAGCGGCCUGGGCUGGAGUUGGGAAAGAGGAGGGAAUUGAGUCGUAACAAUUUCAGGUCUCCAGGUCAGUACGGGGAGGAUCAACGACCCAAGUCAGGUGGUGGCUAUGAGAGGAUGACGGGGGGUGGUGACUCGGAUCUAGGGAUGGUAAGCCAACCGAGGUCGAGGGGGUAUCGCCCGAGUUCGAGCGGAUGAUUGUUGAUGGAUUGACUUCUUUCUUGCGGACAAAGAUGGAAUGCACUUUCUACCACAGAUGGAUGAUUUAUAUUGAAUAGUCACUUCUCUCUCUCUCUCUCUCUCUCUCUCUGAAAUUGGUAUUAUAUUUGUCAGAAGAAACACAACUACUUCAAAUCACGAAGAUAGAACCCAACCAGGUGCACCCUUUCAACCCCAGACUACAGGAUUUGUAUCACAUUUUGAAGUGUUGUAUUGAAAAAGACAAGACCUAAGGAUUCAAGUCCAUUUAAUGCUUGGUCGUUUGCUCUUUUAGACGGAUGCCAAUGUAAUAUAUAAUCAACGUGUAAUUUUCAGUUUUUUUGCUUCUUGAAUUUGUCUAAAAGUAUCUAUAAUCUCAUUUUAAUACUGAUGCAUGGUACUGCAUGUACCUUCCUAUCU